ACGUGGUUUGCUCAUUACGUUUGCUCCGUUGCUUGUGUCGAGUUGCUUCGUGUGGCUGGUGUUUGAUGCGGAAAGCAUAAGGAGCUCUGGUUCUUUCUUCCGAUGGUUCCAAGGCAUUUCACGCAUCGAUCUUAGAGUCGUCUGGUGUAUGAGUGUCAGGCGGUCUCUAGAUGAACCAGUGCAAAAGGAGGAGGUAUGUCAGCAAAAGUGAGUGAGUGAGCAGGACGACAAUAGUGUUUACGCACAUCUUCUAGGCGAUUGGAUACGUCAAAGUGAAAACGAAGGAAAGCACCAUCAGUUGUAGAGGUGUUGGUGUGGUGUGAUGCAGUGUGAAGCAGCAGCCGUCAGCAGCAAGCAAAGCAUUAGAUAGAUUGCAAUCUCGAACCCAGUCGAGUUGUCGCUUGUCUUCAUCACCCAGCCAAGUGGAGACCAAACGUAGCAUUGCAUCGCAUUCCACAACGCAACGCUAUCACCUACAACGGGGUACCCAAACCAGCAGUGAGAUUAGUCGCAGUAGGCUAACCAACCCCGGAACUGUUCAGUUCGUGUUUCCAUCAAUAUUUUUCCUUUUUGAUUUAAUGGUGCCCUCAAUAGACAAUCAAAAUUGAUUGCGUUCAGAACACGAGAGGCGGCGGCUCUUCGGGAAGGUCCUCCUCGUCGGACGAAGACCUCAAUGAACGUCCACCGGCGAGAAAACGCGCUCGCAAGACUGAUCCUGACCCGCCGGCGGAAGCAGCAGCAUCGGAUCUCCUCCAUAGCUUGCCACCGUCCUCGGUCAUCGUCGUCGUUGUGGUAGAGCAGGGGGAGGAACAGCAGCAGUCGGAAGGGGAGCGCGCAGCGGAGGGAAGUAUCGAAGUGGCCGCACCCAGGCAAGAGCAACACCAGGAGGAACAGCUCUUGGCAGCGGUACGCUACGCGGAAGCACCUAGCGAGCAAGUCAGGUCGGCAGCAGAGGUGGAGAGGGAACGGGACGGCGGUGACAGUCGUCCUGCUGCUGCUACCACCGCCGCUGGUCGUCGAAGGUCACGUAUCGGCAGUACAAUCGCUGCUGCAGAAGGUAGUGGAGCUGUAGGUGGUGGUGGUGGUGGUGGUGGCAGAGCUGGUGAAGCCGCAGAAGAUACCUCGACAACAGUAGGCGUUGCAGUGGAGGGGAUUAAUCGAGGCUUCUGCAGCAACAAGAGACGAAGUUCACGGGGAAGAUCGCAGUGCACCGGUAGCGGAGCAAACAGAAGCAUUGAUCGCCACGGGGAAGGUCGGCUGCGUUCCGCCGGGCGCCAGGAAAAUCAAUACCCAAACGCCUCCCAUUCCCGAUCCGUUCGUUUCGUAGAGACGCACGAGUCCAGCAUUGGGCGCAAAGACUUUGAUAACGAAGAUAUUUCCGAGGAGAGCGAGGGGGAAGAGCCGAACGUCGACGAGGGUCAGGAGAACGCCGCCGUGCAACAACAGAGCGAAGAGUCUACGACGAGCCCCCAAUCGAAACGACGAAAGAUGUUAAACGACAACAACAAUCGCAACGGCACCGGUUCCCUGGCAGAUGCGGCCGCAGCCCCGUCUUCGAUGGACGAGUCAACGAACUGUGAUCUGAACGGUCACAACAGUGUGGCCAACAGUAGCAGCAACAGUAGUAACAACACGACCACCGUUAACAAUAGUAGCAACGCUGCCGCCGAAGCCGAUGGCAAUGGUGUGCCAACCAACAAUGGACUGAUAGCACGAAACGGGAGCGAUGCUGGUGCUGGUGGGGCCAAUUCCUCUUCCUCCUCCGGUGGCUCAGCGGGUCACUCGCAGCAGCGGGCUACGGUGGUGAAGCUCGAUCGCACUAACCAGGAUAUCGUACGGCUGAUCGGCCAGCACUUGAAGGACAUCGGUCUGGAGCGGAGUGCCGAAAUGUUGAUGCAAGAAUCGGGCUGCUGUUUGGAGCACCGUGCCGCGACUAAGUUCCGAUCGCACGUCCUGUCGGGCGAUUGGACGAAAGCGGACCACGAUCUGCAGGAGCUGCAGUCCAUGGUGGAUAGCAAAACGGACCGUACCAGCCUGAACGAGAUGAAGUUUCUGCUGCUCGAGCAAAAAUAUCUCGAGUUCCUGGAAGAGGGCCGCCCGAUCGACGCCCUACACGUGCUGCGUAACGAACUGACGCCGUUGCAGCACAAAACUCCACGAGUUCACCAGCUGUCCUCGUAUAUGAUGUGCACGAACAAUCAGGAACUGUAUCAGCGGGCCGGCUGGGAAGGUCGAGGCGUUAAGUCGCGCACCCGAUUGAUGGAUCGAUUGCAGUCUUACCUUCCGGCAACGGUGAUGCUGCCGCCGCGUCGACUCCGGUCGCUCCUGGCCCAGGCGGUGGAGAUGCAGAAUGAGCGCUGCCAGUGCCACGAUAUGGCCUGGAGUACUAGCCUUGAGAACGUGUCACUGCUGGUCGAUCAUAACUGCGGGGCGGACGGGUUUCCGCUGCAGGCACUGCAGGUGCUGAACGAUCACUCGGAUGAGGUGUGGUUCUGUAAAUUUUCCCCGGACGGAAUGCGGCUGGCGACUGGUUCGAAGGACAAUACCGUAAUCGUGUGGGAAGUAGAUCCGGUGAAGUUGUUGCUGCGAAAUAAGCGUUCUUUUGAGGGUCACACGUACGGCGUAUCGUACAUUGCCUGGAGCCCGGACUCGAAACACUUCAUUGCGUGCGGUCCAGACGAUUGUCCCGAUCUGUGGAUCUGGGAUGUGGAGCAGGAGAAGCUGAUCACGAAGUUUUCUCAUUCCACCGACGACAGCUUGACGUGUGCGGCGUUCAACCGUGACGGGACUCGGUUCGUGACCGGCGGUACCCGUGGUCAAUUCUAUAUGGUCGAUCUCGACGGCAGCUUGCACGACAACUGGGAGGGUGUUCGUGUCAACGGGUUGGCCUUUCUGUCCGACAACAAAACGGUGCUGGCCGCCGACACUCACUACCGGAUACGGGGCUACAGCUUUGACAAUCCGCGCACCGACUACGGGAUCGUGCAAGAGCAGUGUCCGAUCAUGACAUUCUCCGUCAACGGAGCGGACCGGUUGGCGUUGCUCAACAUAUCGUCCCAGGGGCUGCACCUGUGGGACUUGCAGGACAAGUGCCUGGUGCGGAGAUUCCAGGGCGUCACACAGGGCAAUUACACAAUCUACUCUUGCUUCGGCGGAGUAAAUGAAAGCUUCGUGGCCAGCGGUAGUGAAGACAACAAGGUCUACAUUUGGCACAUCCGGCGCGAGGAACCACUAGCCACGCUCAUUGGGCACACUCGCACGGUCAACUGUGUCAGCUGGAAUCCGGUGUAUCCGUCGCUUUUGGCUUCGGCCUCCGACGACGGAACGGUUCGUAUCUGGGGACCACAGCAACCGCACACACAGUGGAACUCGAAUGGUGCUGUCAUUCACCAACAGCCGACCACGGCCGGUGGUGGCGGUGGAGGAUUAGUUUGCGCUAACGGCAACGGUGGUGGAGCCGUUGGCGCUGCGGCUAGCGAUAGUGCCUCGAUAAGUUCGACCGGUUCGGCUACCUCGUCGUCAUCAUCGGCGUCAUCUUCAUCCGGCGGGGGUGGUACUGGCGGCGGUGGCGUGGCUGGAGUUUCCGGUGCACCGGGUGGUGGAGGAGCCGGUGGAAGUAUUGAAGUACUAUCAACCUCAUCUUGGAAUAUCACAUAAUGUUAAGCUUCGAGAAACGUUCGACUACUCCAAGGAAAUUGAAAAACGCUCGCGUGAGUGUUCUGAUCUUCAAAUGGGGGAAAGCUGAAAGGUACGCAGGUACGAGAAAUCGGCAGAGUUCUAGGAGGUAGCUAAGCGCUGUACCACCAGAUUAUGGGCUAAGAUGUAUUUAAGAAUAGAACAAAUAAAUAUAAAAAUGUUUUAUUACAUUGCCUCUGUUAUUACGCACGAAUCCGACUAGCGGCAGAGAAGGAUUUUUAUUUCACUUUCAGUGAGCUGGCUGAAGAGCACUUUAAGCACAGUCUCUCAGAUUUUAAUGCUUUCUUCCUACCUUUCAUAUUGAUUCAAUUUUGCCCCGUUAAGACGACAUUUGUUUGGAAUACUUUGUAGAUAUUCAACCAAUCAACUAUCGCCUCAACGAAGAGGAGAAGAAAUCGAACAGAACCGACACCUGGAUGAGAAAAUGACAACCGAGGAAGAAGUAUGUAGACACACCAAGGAAUGAACAAUAAAACUUGAGCAAGCGAAAGGGGCAGGGAAAGUAAAAGAAAACACACAGACACACAAUUUAGCGAUUUAUGGUAGUUUUAAUAUUUGAACUUGAUAGCAGAAGCAGAGCCCUUAAUUAUUAGAUUCGUAUUAAAGCGUUACACUAAGGCAUUAGUGAGAUAACACGGGAUGGAUGGUGUUGGAAGAACGAUUGUUGGAAUUCGACUGUUCCACUUGCGCAGAGCAAAAACGAUGAAACCUUCCAGCACAGUUCCCUAAGAAGUGAAGAAAACAAUUGUAGCAAGUGGAUAAAAACAAGCCGUAAUCGACAGAGAAACAACAUAGCGACAUCUGUACAGCGUCUUCAACUAGCAAGCAAGAAGGGAUUUGGUGGAAGGCUAUUGCAUAUAGUAGAACGGAAUUCGUUGAUGAUCUGCAGCAAAACGAGCGAGCGCUGAAGCUACGGUGAAUAACAAAACGAUUAUUAAACUUUCGUAGUCGAUAAGGAUCGAACGAAACGGUGCUCUACCCAAACAUGUGUAGAGAAACUGUUGGCAAAGAAGAACAAUGGCAAAUAAAUAUUAAAACCACAC